UCCUGUCGGGCCCGCGGCUGCCCGGCCCCGGCUCAGUCGCCGCCGCGCCGCGAUCAUGGAGCCCCCCGACUCCCACCCCGGGGCGCGCAGGGUCCCGCGGCUGCUGGCGCUGGCGCUCCUGCUGGGGGCGCACCCAGGUGCCCAGGCUAAGGUGCACGUGUCUGUGCCCCCCCUGGUGGAGGUGAUGAGGGGGGACUCUGUCACUCUGAACUGCAAGCCUCAGGGGACCCCAGACAACUUCGUGCUGGAAUGGUUCAUGGCCGAUCGUUCCGGGGUCCGCCACCACCUGGCCUCUGCUGAGCUGAAGGGGUCGAAGAUGCACAAUCAGGUGCAUGACUCGCGGGGCCGCGUCCCCCCAUACCAACUGGACGCGCGGGGGCGCCUGGUGCUGGCGGAGGCGCAGGUGGCCGACGAGCGCGACUAUGUGUGUGUGGUGCGUGCGGGCACCGCGAGCACAGCGAGCACAGCGGAGGCCACGGCGCGGCUGCACGUGUUUGCCAAACCAGAGGCCACGCAGGUCACCCCCAAUACGGGGACGCUGUCGGUGACGGAGGACAUUCCCCAGGAGAUCGCCACCUGCAAGAGCCUCAACGGGAACCCAGCGCCCCAGAUCACGUGGUACCGCAACGGGCAGCUGCUGGAGGUACCCAUGGAGGUAAAGGCAGACGGCUACAUGACCAGCCGCACAGUCCGCGAGGCGUCGGGGCUGCUGUCACUCACCAGCGUCCUCUAUCUGCGACUGCGCAAGGAGGACCGCGAGUCCAGCUUCCACUGCGCCGCGCACUUCCGCCUGCCCACGGGCCAGCAGGGCCGACUGGACAGCCCCCCCUUCCGCCUCACCCUGCACUACCCCACGGAGCACGUGCAAUUCUGGGUGGGCAGCCCAGCCACCACGGAGGGCUGGGUGCGUGAAGGGGACUCCGUGCACCUCUUCUGCCGGGGCGACGGCAGCCCCAGCCCCGAAUACACCUUCUUCCGGCUUCAGGGUGAACAGGAGGUCACUCUGAAGGACAACGUGGAGGGGAACCUCACGCUGAAGGGGGUGCAGCGGGGCCAGAGUGGGACCUACGGCUGCCGGGUGGAGGACUAUGACGCCCCCGAGGACGCGGAGCUCUCAAGGACCCUGGAGCUGCGUGUGGCUUACCUGGACCCCCUGGAGCUCAGCACUGGGGAGGAGCUGACCGUGCCCCUGGGGGGCAGCACCACUGCCAACUGUUCCGUGGGAGGCCUGCCUACCCCCACCCUGCGCUGGACCAAGGAUUCGGUGCCCCUGGAGGACGGGCCCACGCUGUCCCUCAGCGCGGUCACCUUCGAUGCCGCGGGCACCUACACGUGCGAGGCCUCCAUGCCCACAGUCCCCCUGCUGAGCCGCACCCAGAGCUUCAAGCUGCUGGUUCAAGGGACCCCUGAGCUAAGGCCGGAGGAGACUCAGCCCCAAGCUGAGGGUAGCUGGAGGGAAGGGGAUGAAGUUAUGCUGACCUGCUUGGCCCGCGGCCACCCUGAACCCAAACUCACCUGGAACCAGCCGGGAGGCAGUCCCGCAGAGUCGACCCCCGGCGCCCAGGGCUGGGUGAGCAGUUCGCUGAGGCUGAAAGUGACCAGCGCCCUGAGCCGCGAGGGCGUGUCCUGCGAGGCGGCCAACCCCUACGGGAGCGUGCAGCACGUUUUCCACUUCGGCCACGUGGCCCCCCAGGCCGCCCAGGCUGGAGUGGCCGUCCUGGCCGUGGCCGUCAGCGUGGGCCUCCUGCUCCUCGUGGUGGCCGCCUUCUACUGCAUGCGACGCAAGGGGCGCCCCGGUUGCUGCCGGCGGGCUGAGAAAGGGGCUCCGCCUCCGGGAGACCCGGAGCUGAGCCAGAACGGGGCGGAGCCGCCGGAGCAGACGGGCCUCCUCAAGGGGGGGCCCUCGGGGGCCACCCAGCGCGGCAGCGGGGCCUUCAGAGAAGCGUGAGGAGCCCCUGAAGCCCCCGGAGUCGUCCCGGGACCGCCGAGCGGGCAGCUAGGGGCCAGCGCCGCCCCCGCCUUCCCGGCCCGCCCCGGCCCCGGCCCCGGCCCUCCCUUCCUUCCUCGGGCCCCCGGCCGGCCGCGCGCGGGGGAGGGGCGCGGGGACCUUCCUGCGGGAGGGUGACGCUCCCAGGCCCCAGAAUAGCUCCUGGAGCCGCGCCCGGGGCCGGCCCGGGCCCAGGCCGCGAGGGUCGCCGGCCGGCCGGCUCUAUUUUUACCUUCUGCCGCCAUCGCCGGGCCCCCACCUGCCGUCCCGCCGCCCCUAGUCUGACACUGGAUCCCCCGCCACCCCCGCCCCGCCGUCCGUGGACACUGGAUGCUGGACUCGAGGCCGUCGCCCGGACCCCGCCGCGGCCGCCGCCGCCUCCCGGGAGGCGCCCGGCUCGCCG